GAGGCGCGGCGGCGGCGGCGGCGGUGCCGGUGGCGAUGCGGGGCUCAGGCGGGACGCGGGAGGAGGACGGGCCCGGAGCGGGCGGCUUCGGGCCUGCUGCUGCCGCCUGCCCCUGGGGCUGCACGCCCGGCCCCGCUGGCUGGAGCGGCGCGCCUUUCUGCCCCCGGCACCGUAUGUCCAGCUUCGCCGACCUGCCGGUACCGGUGCAGGGCCCGGUGGUUAAGUACAAGGGAGAGGAGGUUUGUCUGCUCUGGGAGGACGGCCCCACGGUGGAUUACUACCCGCUGUACUACGACGACGACGACGACGAUAAUUACCAUUACGAUGAGGACGAGCUGGACGCGGGUUUGCCGUUCUUGGACGUUCCCGUGGUGGAGGGAGCGGUUCCCUACAGCUACUGCGGCUUCCGCAAGUCCUUCCUGUGCUCGGAACCGCCCCCGCCACUCCCCCGCACCUCUCCCACCGCCCUGGACGCGCGGCUGGACCGGCUGCCCACGCCCCGCUGCCCCCGGCUCACGGCUGAGGAAGCUGAGAAGAACGCACAGGAGCUGGUGGCAGAGGAGGAGCGGGCGAAGAGGAAGGCAGAGAAGAAGAAGCUGAAGAAGAAGAAACAAAAAGACCGAAAGAAACGGGAGAAACAGGGUCAAGAGCAGAAAAACAAAGAGAACACUGACCCGAGCCCCCCAAGUGGCCCUGCAGGCACCUCAAAUGCUGCUGAGGAUGAGGGAUGCUGCCCAGAGCCCUCCCCGUGCCCUGGGGACUCCACAGUCCCCUCAGGGGAGCCUGGGCCAGAGGACACAGCAGUGACAGAGGAGGAGCUGGACCUGAGCUGCACUUUUGUCUGCAAAGCACGGGAGAAGGCGGGGGUCAGGCUGCCUCCCCCGGGCAGUGACCAGUCCCCUGGCACACAGAACAUGGAGCCAAGCAGGAAGGUGCCAGAGAAGGCAAGUGGGGAGCCUGUGGGGACACCUGUGUCCCCCCAGCCCCUCCAGGCCAGGCCACCCAGCCCCAGCACGGUGGAGCAGAGCCUGGCACUUGCAGGCCACGGCAUCGAGGCAGCACAGAUGGGCCAACACACCGAGGCCGUCUGGGCUUUCACCGUCGCCCUGGAGCUGAACCCCCAGGAACACCGCUUCCUGGGGAACCGCUCCUACUGCCUGGAGAAGCUGGGCCGGUACGAGGAGGCGCUGGCGGACGCGGAGGCGGCGCUGGCGCUGCGGCCGGGCUGGCCCAAGGGAUCCUUCCGCAAGGGAAAGGCCCUGAGGGGGCUUCAGCUCUACGCCGAGGCUGUGCGCACCUUCGAGGAGCUGCUGCUGCAGGAUGGGACCUGUGCUGAGGCAGCUGCACAGCUGGAGGAGUGCCGGGCCCUGCUGCAGCAGGGCAGCCGCCCCGGCGGUGUCCCCGUGUCCCCUUUCCUGCUCAAGGCUAAGGAGCCGCUGUCUCUCCCUGCAGGAUGGACAACCAGGAGCUGCCAGGACACGGGUGACAAAAGUGUGACAGGAGGCAGUGCCAGGACCCCUGCAAAAGACCCAGAACGGGCACCUGCUGUGGCCAGUGGCCACCCAACACUGCCACCAAGCCACCCUGCCAGGGACUGCUUCCCGCUCUGGGUGGGCAAUGUCACCUCCCACAUCACCGAGAAGGUGCUGCGUCGUGCCUUUGGCCGGUUUGGGGAGAUCCGCUCCAUGCGGCUGCUGCCGGGGCGUCGCUGUGCCUUCAUCAACUUCAGCGGCAAAGCAGAGGCCGAGGAGGCCUUCAGGGCCAUGCAGGGUGCCACCUUGGAGGGCAGCAAGCUGUUGCUGCAGCUCAAGCACCCGGCCCACGCCACGCCGGCCCCCGUGCCCCGUGCCAAGGGCAAGGCCACCCCCGGGGGGCUGCUCAGUUGACCCCACUCUGUUGUGGGGGGCUCCUGGCAGCCCCCCCCUCACCUGCCUGUACCUGCCUGUGCCUUGUCACCCACUGCCAGGGGUGGGAAUGUGUCCCUCUCGUGCCUUGGGGGUGCUGGGGGUCAGCAGCCCCUUGUCUGAGGGGUUGGCCUUGGGCUGUCCCCCGUGGCCCCUCAGGCAUUUGUACCAAUUUGGGGUUUUUUAAUAAACUGAGGUUUCUUUUUC